AUGAGGAAACAAGGGCGCCCGCGGCCCCUUUAUACUUCAAGCAAGAGGAAGCGCAAGUCGCCAACAGACUUACCGGAGGAGCUGGUUUUCGAGAUUCUCGCCCGUCUGCCGGUCAAGUCCCUUCUCCGGUUCAAAUCUCUGAGCAAGGCCUGGCGCGCGGCCAUCUCCGGCCCCGCGUUCACCCGCGCGCACCUGGAGCACUCGGCCUCAAAAUGGGAGCAGAGCCCAUCGCUGCUGAUCACCCCGCACGCCCUCGACGGCGCCAUCGAAGGGGAGGUCUGGCCGACCACCUUCUCCACGCGAGUCCGGUUCUACCGCUGGCAUCCAUGCCGCGCCUCGGAGGUGGCGAGGCUCGUGCACGGCGAGGACUUCCGCGGGGAGUUCGGCUGCGUGUGCCACAUGGUCCACUGCGACGGCCUGGUGCUCCCCACCAACGCCAGCGUCUACCUCUUCAACCCGGCCACCAGGGACGCCCUGACGCUGCCGGAGAGCAACCCCAGCAAGGUCCCCGUGCCGCGUGAUUUCUGCCUCCCCGUGGGGCUCGGGCUGGACCCUCGCUCCGGCCGGUACAAGGUGGCCCGGGCCUUCUUCCGCUACGUGGAGCCUCUCACGUACGCUUUCCACAUGGGGAUGCAAGUGUACACCGUCGGCGACGCGGCCGCCUGCUGGAGGGAAACCGCCACCGAUCCGCCUUACCCGCCGGCCGAGUGGCUGACGGUCAAAUCGGUCAAGGGGCGCAUGUUCUGGGUCAUGGACACGGACCAUGUCAAGACGCCGUGCCCGCGCGGCCUUCUCCGAUUCAGCCUGGAAGACGAGACGUUUGGCGUCACCGGCAUGCCCGAUUCGUUGGACCCUGCUCUCGGUAAAUCCUUCCUGCUGGAGGUGGUGCGAGGGGAGCUUUGCCUGGUCGCUUCUAGCAGCGCGAGGCCCGGCCCGCAGCCUGUGUCCAUUUGGACGCUGGUACUACAAGAUGAUGAUGAUGACAUGAACUCGUGUUGGGAGCGGCGUUACUUGAUCAACAUGGAUCCAAUUGGCCGUCCAAUUACUCUUCUUACGGGCGAUGGGCUACUGUUCCAUGCGCAUCACAUUCUCUACCGCUAUGGGCUGCGCACAGCUGAGCUGACGGAGGUGUGCGAGUUGGGAGCUCUGAGAUACCAGCGUCGUAGAGCUGGCACCUUCGAGCCUCAUGCCCAGGAUAUCUUCUUCUUCAACGUAAUACCUAACGUGGAAAGUAUGGUUAGACUUAUUGCUUAGUCAGAC